CUUUAGAGCCCACCCACAGAGUAGGGUCGCCGUCCUUUCUCUUCAUCUGGAUAGAACACAUACGAAAGAUCUACCACUAAAUUUCCCUUCUUCGAUCUUUUCAAUCAAGCAGUGGAUUUGGAUGAGGGUGCAGAAGCCAUAGAGAGCUUCACAGGAGGUGAGAUAUUGACAGUCCCAUGUGAUGCAGAUUCGAUUGUAGAACCACACGAAGGUAUGGAGUUUGAAUCUGAAGAUGCUGCCAAGAUAUUUUAUGAUGAAUAUGCACGGCAAGUAGGCUUUGUCAUGCGUGUGAUGUCUUGUCGUCGAUCGGAAAGAGACGGGAGGAUUCUUGCUCGUCGACUCGGAUGUAAUAAGGAGGGGUAUUGCGUUAGCAUUCGGGGUAAAUUUGGCCCUGUUAGAAAGCCACGUUCAAGCACAAGGGAAGGCUGCAAAGCAAUGAUUCAUAUUAAGCUCAAUAAGUCUGGAAAAUGGGUGAUAACGAGAUUCGUAAAGGAACAUAAUCAUCCGCUUGUAAUCGCUCCACAGGAGGCUCGUCAAACAAUGGAUGAAAAGGACAAGAAAAUUCAAGAAUUAACAGUUGAAUUGCGGAACAAGAAAAGACUAUGUUCAGCAUAUCAAGAACAGCUGACUGCAUUCAUGAAAAUUGUUGAAAACCAUAGUAACCAACUAUCAAAGAAAGUUCAAACCGUAGUCAACAACUUGAAGGAAUACGAGUCAAUAGAGCUGCAGCUAUUGCAGCAGCGAUGACGUCAGAAGUGUUGGUUUCCAAAUGCAAAUACCCAGAAGAGAUGAGCAGCUACUUAAUUCAAAGAUAACGAAGGUUAUAGUUGCAAUUGCAAUCCAGGAGUGAUGUUUUCCACGUUCGGGAAGAAGCUGGCGUAUUUCCUGGUAAACAACAUUCUUGAAUAUUUGAAUAUAGGAUGAAACUGAAUACGAAUAUUUUAUUUUGAAGCUUUGAAUAA